AUAUAUAAAAACCCUACUCUCUCUCACACACUCACUGUGAGAGAAGAAAACACAGACACACACACACCUAUACAUACAACAUAUAUACACACAGAAGCCAACUCAACUCCUCAUUUCAUUUUCCCCCAAAUCAAAACCCUAAUUCGCCUUACCCCUUCCUUCCCCACCCCCCAAAUGCCUCACCCCUAGCACCGCCAUUACUCCACCACCACCACCACCAAUGACUCUCUCUCUCACUUAUCUCCUCGCUCUCUCUCUCCUCAUUCUUCUCCACGGCCACGCCUCCGCUUCCGAGGAUGAAGUCCGAUCACUUCUCGAGUUCAAAAAGGGCAUCAAAUCCGACCCCACUGAGAAGAUCACUAACACUUGGAUUUACCCCUCCAACGCCUCCGCCUGCCCCAGCGACUUCUACGGCGUCGUCUGCGACGCCGCCACCAGCGCAGUCGUGUCCAUUGCUCUCGACCGGCUAGGCCUCUCCGGCGACCUCAAAUUCAGCACGCUUUUACCGUUGAAGUCGCUGCAAAACCUAACCCUCGCGGGGAACGCCUUCACCGGACGCCUCGUGCCUACUCUCGGCGUAAUGUCGUCUCUCCAAGUGAUUGAUCUGUCUGGGAAUCAGUUCUACGGCCCGAUUCCGGCUAAAUUGAAUGAUCUGUGGGCGCUGCAUUUUCUCAAUUUCUCUAAUAAUAACUUCUCCGAGUGGUUUCCUGCUGGAAUUCACAACUUGCAGCAGCUGAAGGUGUUUGAUUUGCAUUCGAAUCAGCUGAGGGGAGAUGUAGGGGAGCUGAUUCCUGAGCUGAGGAAUGUGGAGCACUUGGAUUUAAGCAGAAAUCAGUUUUUCGGCUCCUUGGAAUUGAGUGUGGAGAAUGUUUCUAGUUUGGCUAACACUGUGCAGUACAUAAACUUGAGUGGAAAUCAGUUAACGGGGCGGUUAUGGGGGGCUGAUGCAAUGAAGUUGUUUCGGAACCUGAAGGUUUUGGAUUUGGGCGAAAAUGAGAUCAAUGGUGAACUGCCGGAGUUCGAGCAGUUGCCGAAUCUUCAGGUGCUUAGGCUUGGGAAUAAUCAGCUCUUUGGGGCUCUGCCGACGGGAUUGUUGCAGGGAGCUACCCCAUUGGUGGAAUUGGAUCUCAGUGUUAAUGGAUUUUCAGGUUCCAUUCCGAGUAUCAACUCAACAACUUUGGUAACUCUCAACCUCUCAUCGAAUUCAAUCUCAGACUCAUUGCCACUGUCUUUGGGAAAUUGUGAAGUUGUUGAUCUAAGCAGAAAUCAGUUAUCAGAUGAUAUAUCUGUUCUGAGGAAUUGGGGCAGCAAUCUGGAAAUUGUAGACUUGAGCUCCAAUGGCUUGAGAGGAAGCAUUCCCAAUUUGACACAGUUCCAAAGAUUGACCUCACUCCGUAUUAGGAACAAUUCCUUAGAGGGGGCACUGCCUUCAACUUUCGGUUCCACGAAGCUCACUACAAUUGAUCUGAGCUCCAACAGAUUUGAUGGUCCAAUCCCAUAUAGCUUCUUUACUUCGAUGUCCUUAACAAAUUUGAACUUGUCAGGAAAUCAUUUGACAGGAGCAAUUCCUCUUGAAGGCGCUCAUACUAGUGAAUUGUUGGUUCUGCCUUCUAUUCCACCGAUGGAGUCUUUAGAUCUUUCGAACAAUGCCUUGAUGGGUGGAUUGCCUUCUGAUAUCGGUAAUUGGGGAAGGCUUAAGUUGCUGAGUCUAGCAAGGAAUGAUCUAUCUGGACCACUGCCAGACGAGCUGAGCAAACUUACUCUCCUCGAGUACCUUGAUUUAUCCCAUAACAAUUUCAAUGGUCAUAUUCCUGCUAAAUUAUCAUCAAGUCUGAAGUUCUUUGAUGUGGCUUACAAUAAUUUGUCAGGAAAAAUCCCUGAAAACCUGACUUCUUUUCCCGAUUCGUCAUUUACUGGUAAUAAUCAACUUGAAAACCAUCACUCUUCUUCCUCUGGAAAUGUCCCGCACAGUAUAGGAGGCGGGAACCACCCUAGCUCUAAACACAAUGUAAAAAUAGCCAUCAUUGUUGCAUCUGUUGGAGCUUUAGUGAUGAUUGCUUUUGUUCUUUGGGCUUAUCAGCGAGCUCGGUUUCAGGACUUCCGUGCACAAGGUGCACAUCAGACUGAUAGUACUGAUGCAAAAGCAGGAAGAUUUGGUCGGUCUUCACUCUUCAAUUUCCAUGGAAACACAGAGCCACCUCCAACUUCUUUGAGCUUUUCUAAUGAUCAUCUAUUGACUUCAAAUUCAAGAUCUCUGUCCGGGCAAAUGGAGUCUGGUACUGAAAUUGUUGAGCACAUACUGCCUGAGGGAGUGGCAGCUGGUGCUGCCUCCACAAAUCCCAGCCAACAAGACAGUCAUCCUACAACAUCUGGAAGGAAAUCCUCCCCAGGAUCUCCAAUGCAAUCCUCUCCUCGUUUUAUCGACACAAUUGAACAACCUGUUACACUGGAUGUGUAUUCACCUGAUCGGUUGGUUGGUGAACUGUUCUUCUUGGACUCCUCACUCAAAUUUACAGCUGAGGAUUUAUCUCGAGCUCCAGCAGAAGUGCUGGGUAGAAGUAGCCAUGGCACUCUAUACAAAGCUACCCUAGAUAAUGGGCAUAUGCUCACUGUGAAAUGGUUGAGGGUUGGCUUGGUCAAAAACAAGAAAGAUUUUGCCAAGGAAGUAAAGAAGAUUGGAUCAGUCAGGCACCAGAACAUAGUUCCGUUGCGUGCUUAUUAUUGGGGACCAAGAGAACAAGAAAGGCUUAUUUUGGCAGACUAUGUGUUGGGCGACAGCUUGGCCCUGCAUCUUUAUGAAUCGACGCCUCGGAGGUAUUCCAUGUUAUCGUUCAACCAGAGGCUGAAGGUCGCAGUUGAUGUUGCUCAUUGUCUCAUGUUCCUCCACGACAGAGGCCUACCUCAUGGAAACCUAAAGCCAACAAACAUACUAUUGGAAGGCUCUCAAUACAUUGUCCGAAUAACUGAUUACGGCCUCCACCGCCUGAUGACACCUCCAGGCAUUGCUGAGCAGAUACUGAACCUGGGGGCUCUAGGCUACCGCGCCCCAGAACUGGCCACUGCAACGAGACCGGCCCCAUCAUUCAAGGCAGACGUGUAUGCAUUUGGUGUGAUCUUGAUGGAACUGCUGACAAGAAGAAGUGCAGGGGACAUAAUAUCAGGCCAGUCGGGCGCUGUGGAUCUGACAGACUGGGUUCGACUGUGUGAUCAGGAGGGACGGGGGAUGGACUGCAUUGACAGGGACAUUGCCGGAGGAGAAGAACACACAAAAGCCAUGGACGACAUGCUGGCCGUGUCGUUAAGGUGCAUUCUUCCUGUAAAUGAAAGGCCUAACAUCCGACAGGUUCUGGACGAUCUAUGUGCAAUAUCUGUGUGAAGCUUUUUGUACAUGUGCUCUUGAAUUAAUUCUUUUGCUGUGACUUGUUCAUUGUUUCUUUUUAUUUUUUUGUCUAAAAUUUUUUAAUUGUUGCAAUUGCCUUCUAAUUUGGGCUAGUCUUCACAUAUGUUUAGUUCCUCCCCUUCAAUUUUUGUGUAAAGGGAUGUUUAAUCCAUUGAUUAAUUGACAUAAAUCCCAGUCCCAUCUCUUACCUUUUCAA